UUAUAAAACACAUGAAAACUUGAGCAGCUGUAUAUCCAAAAUUAUAGAGAAUAUGCUGCCUUAGCUUUAAAGGUGGAUUGAAAUUUCCUGGGAUAAAGGGACAGUUCUAAAGAUAAUCUUUUUGCUUUGUUUAUGAUAAUCAAGGAAGGCAUGUAUGGACAACCAUUUUUAAUAAAUUUAAAAUGUAUACCAUACUUGAUCAGCAUUGUUUUCAGCUUUGCUUUUGAACACUAAGAAAGAAUACAAGUGCAUUAUGGCACAAAUACCUAAGUACCUGUUUACCUCUUUCAGAUACUGGUAGACCACUUGUUUUGCUAGUCUUUGGAAUUGGAAGGAGUGUCAAAUACACAGAAGCCAGAGUCAUCUUGGCCAGAUGGUGUUUGAUACAGAUGGAUGACUGAAAACUAUGAGCAGAGAAUACGUGAGCAACAGGAACAGCUGUCACUUCAACAAACUAUUAUUGACAAGCUGAAAUCACAGUUACUUCUUAUGAAUUCCAGUCAAGAUAACAGUUUUGGCUAUGUUCCUCUGCUUGAAGACAGUGAAGCAAGAAAGAAUAAUUUGCCUCUUGAUCAGCCACAUGAUAAAGUAAAAUCAGGAAUACCAAGAGAAAAAGAAUUAAAGGUAAGAAGACAAGAGGUUUCUUCUCCUAGAAAAGAAACUUCACCAAGGAGUCUUGGCAUUCCUUUAUUCCAUGAAAGGGCUUAUAUAGAGAAGACUUUCCAGGAUCUAAAAGAAGAAUUUCACAGAAUAUGCAUGCUAGCAAAAGCACAAAAAGACCACUUAAGCAAACUUAAUGUACCAGCCACUGCAACUGAAACACAGUGUUCUCUUCCUGUACAGUGUACGGAUACAACAGAUAAACAAGAAGAGCUGUUUAAGCCUCAGGCUAAAGAUGAUAUAAAUAGAGGUGCACCAUGCAUCACAUCUGUCACACCGAGAGGACUGGCCCGAGAUGAGGAAGAUACCUCUUUCGAAUCACUUUCUAAAUUCAAUGUCAAGUUUCCACCUAUGGACAAUGACUCUACUUUCUUACAUAGCACUCCAGAAAGACCCAACAUCCUUGGUCCUGCCACAUCUGAGGCAGUGUGCCAGGAUAAAUUUAAUAUGGAGUUCAGAGACAACCCGGGAAACUUUGUUAAAACAGAAGAAACUUUAUUUGAAAUUCAGGGAAUUGACCCCAUAGCAUCAGCUAUACAAAACCUUAAAACAACUGACAAAACAAAACCCUCCAAUCUUGUAAACACUUGUAUCAGGACAACUCUGGAUAGAGCUACGUGUUUGCCACCUGGAAACCAUAACGCAUUAUAUGUAAAUACAUUACCACUUCAGGACCCAUCCGAUGCACCUUUUCCUUCACUUGAUUCUCCGGGAAAAGCUAUCCGAGGACCACAGCAGCCCGUUUGGAAGCCCUUUCCUAAUCAAGACAGUGAUAUAUCAUCGGUACUAGGUGGCACAGGCUCAGAACUGCAUAUACCUCGAGUAUGUGAAUUCUGUCAAGCAGUUUUCCCACCAUCCAUUACAUCCAGGGGGGAUUUCCUCCGGCAUCUUAAUUCACACUUUAAUGGGGAGACUUAAGAUGCAUUUGAAAACAGCUCCGUGUAAUGAUUCUAUGUGAUCAUCAGGUUCUAUGUGAUGAUCUUGGGUUUGUAAUACUAUAAAUACUUGAUUGAAAACUUAGUUCAAGAUCGUUCAUUGAAAAAUAGCUAUGUCACAGCUAUUUGAAUUUUUUCCUAAACUUAUAUUGUAACUUUCUUUUAUUAACUUUUAUGGAUCAUUCUGUAUAAAACUGUAAUUCAUUGCAUUCAUGUUUACAGUGUUUAUUACCUUAAUUUAUGUUUGUUUCAAAUGUCUAAGCUUAUUGCUUGGAUUUCUAGUUAAAUUUAUUAAAUUUGGUGAUGUCAAAUGUUUAUAGGAUGUUUCACUUAAAAACUAGAUUAUUUAUGCUAUCGGUGAUUUUUUUUUUAAUAAACCUGUAAUACAGAACAGCAGACAACAUAAAUGUCUAAGUAAAUACCAAAAUCUAAGAUUUGUUACCCAGUGAUAAAAUCACUGGUAGGAUUAUUCAAACACUUCAGAUUGUUUUUUCUUUUAAUAAUAUACAUGGUUUUAAAUUUUA